UACACGAAUGGUCCCUAUGGUUUAGGGUAAUUUGCGUGUUUGGUUCCUAACUUAUUUUUUAACUCAAAAGGUCCCUACUGUUUGUUUUUGUUACACACUUGAUCCCUGUCUUACCUAAAAAAACUAUUUUGCCCUUGAUUUUUAAAAGUAUUUAAAUAAACACUCCAAACCCAACCCCAACCCCGCUCACCUUACCUUACUUAUCCCAUAAUUUUUUCCUAUUUAAAUAAUAGUGUUUUUAGGUAAGACAUGGACCAAUCGUGUAACAAAAACAAACAGUAGGGACCAAACAUGUAACAAAAACAAACAGUAUGGACUUUCCGAGUUAAAAAAAUAAGUUAGGGACCAAGUGCGCAAAUUACCCCAAACCAUAGGGACCAUUCAUGUAAUUUACUCUAUUUUCAAAGUUGAGGGGUAAAGAAAAACUUGAGAUGUAUAUAUUUACGUCGAUUGAGUUUUUCGUGGAGAAAACACAAAGGGCUUUGUUGCCACCAUGAAGAUGUUGGAAGAAGGUCAAAAUCAACGAAACAACGCCCAGAACCGGAUCAAGUUUCAAGAAAUCACGGAGAAAGAGGAAGAGGAUGGAAUUAGUGGGUUGCCUGAUUGUUUGCUUCUUGAAAUCCUCUCUCGUUUACCCUCCACAAAAUAUGCCAUUAGAACAGGGACACUCUCCAAGCGAUGGGCACAUCUUUGGACUUGGGUACCUACUCUUAUUUUUGUACAUUACGAUCAUCCCCAUCCCUGGAUACAAAGCCCUAACUUAAGAUCGGAUUUCGCUCUAGUGGUGGAGAAAACGCUAACUCAAUGUCGCCAAUUGAAGCUCAAGAAAUUCCAACUGCGUACCCAUUAUGAUAUUCGAUUUAAAUUGCAGUUCAACAAUUGGAUUCGUCAUGCCAUAAGUUGUAACGUUGAAGAGCUUAACUUGGAGUUUAAUUACCAGGAUGAGUUUUGGUUAGAUGAGUCUAUUUUCAUCGAUUCUUGUUUUACUGAUCUGAAAUUAGCAGGCUGCAAGUUGAAUCCAAGUGGGGCGAUUAGUUGGAAAAAUCUUAAGAGUUUGUAUAUUUCUUAUAUGAAAUUAGAUGAAGACUUGAUUGUAAAUAUAUUAUCUGGAAGUCCUCUAUUGGAAACUUUGGUGUUGGUAGAUUUAGAUGGUUGGAUAGACAACACUACUUCAGAUAAUGAUAGUUCUUCAGAUGAUGAAUCUGAAGCCAAUAUCAUCAAAACCAAUGCUUCUAAUACUUUAUCACUAACUCAAUGUCCCCAAUUGAAGCUCAAGAAAUUCAAAUUGCUUUCCUAUAAUGAUAUUAAGUUGAAAUCACAACUAAACAGUUGGGUUCUUUAUGCUAUACGUUGUAGUGUUAGAGAUAUUUAUUUAAAUUUAUGCGCUGAUGGAAUCGAAUAUGAGUUUAUGUUAGAUCAAACUUUUUUCACGAGUUCAUGUUUUACUAAUAUGAAAUUACAUAGGUGCAUGGUUAAUCCAAUUGGGGCAAUUAGUUGGAAAAAUCUUAAGAAUUUGUGUGUAAGUUAUGGGAGUUUAGAUGAAGAUUUGAUUGAAAAUAUAUUAUCAGGGAGUCCUGUAUUGGAAACUUUGGAGUUAGAGGAUUGCUUUGGUUACAGGAGGCUCAAUAUUACUUCAAAGAGUGUUAAAAAGUUGGUGAUAUCUGGAUACAAGGAUUUUAAUAUUGAUAGAUCUGAAGAUGAUGUCAUCGAAAUCAAUGCGCCUAAUAUUCAAUCACUAACAAUCCAAUAUGAAAUAAAUUUGUUGAAGAUUUUGUUAGUAGAUGUGUCUUCUUUAGUCAAAGCCGACUUAAAUUAUACUUGUAAAGGCAUCCGGUAUAGCCACACAACGCCUAAAGAAGAGAUGCUUAAAGGAUUUAUAAUGAAUCUUAGCCAUGUCAAGGAACUUAAAAUCGGGUUUUUUUGUUCUGAGGUAAAAUCCGUUUUGAUUUUUUCCUUUUUGGAUAAUGAACUUGUUUCAAAUUUCAGGACUCCUAAUUAUUUUAUGACAAAAUUGUUGUUAUGUCACUUGGUUUUGGUGUAGGUUGUUUCUUGUUUGCAAGCUAAAGGUUUUGUUUUUCCAUCAAAUGUCAAGUUUUCUGAAGUCACCAAGAGCUGAACUGAUUCAUGAUGCUUUAAGUUCAUGUUUAGGCAUUGGUUUUCUUUUUUCAACUCCAACUGGUUAAAUCUGUUAAUCUGAUUACUUUUUCUUUUUUCAUUAUCUUAAUUUCUUUUGUUUUACAGCAGGUUAAAUCUGUCUAGUUUUUCUUUUUCUAUUAUCAUAUUUUCUUUCGAUUUACAUCACUAGAGGUUAAAUCAAUUGAUUCUGAUUAGGAUAUAUCUGGAUCUUAAAUCCAGAAACAACUAUGUACUUUUUUUUGGUCGAAUGCUUUAUAAUCCGAUUUCUACUGUAGUAAUGUCCCAUUUGUAGUUUUGGCAACAGGUAAAUCUUUUGCAAAAUACAAACAGCAAUUUGUACAUAGACCAUGUACUUAGAAGUUUUAAUAGUUGUCUUGACUACGUCUGUUUUGGAAGAUCACAGUGACCCUCACAUAAUUUGUCUUUUU